UUGUAUCAAUCAUCAAACAUUCAAACCAACCAAAGCUAAUGGAGCACCACCACCAUCAUCACCACCACCGCCAACGCGACGACGGCGAUGAAGAUCGUCCCUCCUUUGGAGGACCACCGCCACGCAACAAUUUCUCCGAUGCUCCACCACAACCCCAUGCCCUUUACCAGUCACAGCAACCUCAUUUCGACCCUUACGCGCCUCCGCCUUACCGAUCGGAACCUCAAUUCCCAUCUCACGCGCCUCCGCCUUACUUCGAAGCUCCUGCACCGCCCCCUUACUUCGAAGCUCCGGCACCACCUCCUUACUUCGAAGCUCCUGCACCGCCGCCUCCAUUUGGUCAUGUGAGCCAUGUCGGUCAUCACUCCUCCAACAAACCUUACCCACCGGAAAACCACAGUUACGGUGGUUAUCCGCCGCCUAAUUCGACGCUAGAGAGCAACACUGGCGUGACGCACGUGGCUCACCAUAGCUCACAUCAGCCUCAACCCCACACGCCUUCUGGUUUUGACCACCGCCCUGAUGAGAAUCGUGUGCCUGAUAAUAUUGCCGGACUCGCCGGACGGGCGACGGUGAAGGUGUAUUCUAAGGCUGAGCCUAACUAUUAUCUGACGAUCAGAGAUGGUAAGGUCAUUCUCGCCCCAGCUGAUCCAUCCGAUGAUGCACAGCACUGGUACAAAGAUGAGAAGUACAGCACUCGGGUGAAGGACGCAGACGGUCAUCCUUGUUUUGCUCUUGUAAACAAGGCUACUGGUGAAGCAAUGAAGCAUUCUGUGGGAGCUACCCAUCCCGUGCAUCUAAUUCGAUAUGAUCCUGAUAGACUCGACGAGUCUGUACUAUGGACAGAGAGCAAAGAUUUGGGAGAUGGAUAUCGCGCAAUAAGGAUGGUAAACAAUACAAGGCUAAACGUUGAUGCAUUUCAUGGUGACAGCAAAUCUGGUGGUGUUCGUGAUGGCACGACUAUCGUCCUUUGGGACUGGAACAAAGGCGACAACCAGCGCUGGAAAAUCUUUCCUUUCUGAAAUUUGGCGAGUGGAGUGGUGAAAAGAAGGUUUGUGUGUGUUUAUGAAUAAGAAAGAAAGAAACAAAAGUUGAGAUUUGUUAAUUUGUUGUGCCUUGUAAGAGUUGAAUUUGUGCGGUUGGCAUCUGUAAUCUAUCUUUACUUGUAUUUCAAGUAUGCCUUUUUACAGAUACAUACACUCUACAUGUGGUUUAUAUAUUUGUUUCUAUUCUAUUUUGAUAUCUUUAUUUUU